AUGGAUGAGAGUAACUCGAACGCGAAUUUAGAAACUAUCAAAAACAAUAGUGAAGAAGACACGAGUAACUUAGUACCAUAUGUAGAUUUCAAUUGCGCAAUUUGUGGACUCAAUGAGAAAGGGUUUUUUGGAAAUCUGAAAGCUUCAGACGGCUUUUAUCCUUCGCCCGUGUUCUAUAUGAAAGACCCGUUCAUCCCACCUGCCCGUGUUAAAGCGAGGAGGCCUGUUUUAGCCGAUUACUUGAUAAUGGGAGCAGCAUGCGGAAUGUGUGAACAAUCUGUUUGUAUCAACAAAGCGUGCAGUAUAUAUUUUGGAGGACAUUUCUGUGCCACAUGCUUGGUCAGAGAAAGAAGGAGAUUUCCAGCUCAAGUUUUGACGAAAUUACAAAAAGCUCAAGAGAAUUUAUCCGUAGAACCGAAGUGA